AUGGGGUUCAGCUGUAGUUUACAUUCAACUACAAUCCUCAUUGAUUUGCAAAAUCUUGUGGAUAUGUUCAAAUAUCCCGAGGUUGAGAAUCUUUUAAUGAAUCCGAACAACCCAAAUUUCCGUCAACAAUUUUCUGGUUUUAGUGAUGAUUUCCUAACUAAUCCCGAGUUUCAAUUGUUCUUGCAAAGAAUGGGAAAUACGUCUUUGCAACCACCUCCACAGCAUCAGACACCCAUUGAAUUUCCCCUAGAAAACUAUGAUAAUGAAGAACGUACACCUGUAACUGAUCAUGGUAGCAAUACCCAAUUCGAUGACAGUCAAGAGGAAAACAUUAGCGAAGAUGCUAUUAAAGGUACGAACCAGAAAGCAACUGACCUAUGGCGCAAUGUACACGCAACAUAUCAAAUGGCUCAGGCAGAGAAGUCGAAUAUACUUCCGCCAAGACCUAUGAAGAGUCUGUCGUCGCACUGGAGAAGGUUGGCAGCAGACACACUACAGUGGAUAUCUUGCUAUGAUGAAGCGGGUAGACUUCUGGAGGGAGGGAGUGGUUACAACGAAGCUGACGGUGUAAAAAGUGCAUCGAAGCUUUUUCAUUUGGCCACCGGUCACAAUUUCAGUUUUCCUCACGCAGUUGAAAUGCUUAAUAAAGAUCCAAAGUGGAGGCCAAAGCUGAGAUGGUCCUUGUCAAAGGAGGAAAGAAAAGUUGUUUGUGAUGUUGAGGAGCAAGGUAGUGCUGGAAGUAGGAAGAGGUCGAGAGAUGAUGUAGGGGAUGAAACCCCUACAGAUGGUUUUUCAUCUGGAGGAAUACGACGACCCGAUGGUGUGAAGAAAGCAAAGGCCAAGCGUAAAGGGAAAGCAGUGGCUACAGAAAGUGGUUCGUCUGACCUUGGAGAACGAAUGAAGGAAUUCGCUACAAUUUGCGAAAGGGAGGCCAUUCUGAUGGAAGAGAGGAUAAAAAUUGAAAGAGAUAAGGAACAGAGGAAACGAGAGGAACUUGACAUUCAUAAGAUGAGAACCAUGUUUGAUAUGCUGCAAACUCUGAAGAAUUCGCCUACGCCACUCACUCCUCAAGAAGAGACGUACAAGAAUGUUUUACUUGGUAAAUUACAAGGCUUUUAA